AUCAAACUAGUAGCGUUUGAGGGAAGUGUUUGCCAGCGGCCACAUUGGAAAUUAUAUUGGCAAGAUUUUGUUCUAGUUUGAUUCCUUUUUAUCUGCUUUUACCACCUCACAACAUCGAGCUGGCUUUUAACAGGAUUAGUAUACUGUCCAUCUCGCGGUAUAUUUAUGUAGAUACAAACCUUGAGCUCUCGUCAACUGGCCGACGUAGCUGCUAGCUAGCGAGGUUGACGUUAAAACUACCUGCUUGAGAGCUAGCUUACUCUUAGUUUGGAUUCUGGAUAAAUUAUCGGUCAUUUCGGGCAUUGUGCAAUAACAUAAUCGGAAUAUGGACUCUUCUGCCAGACUCAAGAUGACAAAGGACAUGAAACUCCAAAGGCCAGAAGUGAAGACAAGCAUGGAUGGUCCAAAGCGGAUUCCCGUGUCACAGCAGUCUCAGUCGGCUGUAGUUGCACCACCUCCACAUCAGCGAGUUCUAGGCUUGUCAAAUGGACCUCAGCGCAUUCAGCGUCCUAUGAGCCACCAGAAAUCUGCAUCUCAUGUCUCGGUUGCUGUCAAAUCUGCAAACCCCGCUGAUCAGAAUGGGAACCCUACUACUCAGAGUAGAAGUCGGGCAAUGCAGCCCAAACGUGUGUCUCAGCAAAUCCAACCAAAGGCAAUCGUGCCCAAGGUGAAUCCAGAGCCAGCCAAACCCCCAUCGGAACUGGCAAAGCUGGAGAAGCUGCAGACCAAACCUCCCAAGAUUGAUUCUGCAAAAGCCUCAUCAACAAAUAGCCACCGAUGGAGCCUGGAGAACUUUGACAUUGGCCGUCCCUUAGGAAAGGGUAAAUUCGGCAAUGUCUACCUAGCCAGAGAGCGACAGAGUAAGUUCAUCUUGGCCCUGAAGGUGCUCUUCAAGAAGCAGCUUGAGAAGGCGGGGGUUGAGCACCAGCUAAGGAGGGAGGUGGAGAUCCAGUCUCACCUCAGGCACCCCAAUAUUCUGCGCCUCUACGGUUACUUCCAUGACUCGACUCGUGUAUAUCUCAUCCUGGAGUUUGCACCCAAGGGUGAAUUGUACAGUGAGCUGCAGCGCUGUGGACACUUUCCUGAGGACAAAAGUGCCACAUACAUCAUGGAGCUGGCUGAUGCCCUCAACUAUUGCCACUCCAAGAAGGUGAUCCACCGGGACAUCAAACCAGAGAACCUGUUGCUGGGGGCCAACGGGGAGCUGAAGAUCGCAGAUUUUGGCUGGUCGGUUCACACACCCUCCUCCAGGAGAUCUACGCUGUGUGGAACACUGGACUACUUGCCUCCUGAGAUGAUUGAGGGGAAAACUCAUGACGAAAAGGUUGACCUGUGGAGUCUGGGCGUCCUUUGCUACGAGUUCCUGAUUGGAAAGCCCCCCUUCGAGACAAAAAGUCACGAAGAGACCUACCGCAAGAUUUCAAGGGUUGAGUACACUUACCCCGCACAGUCUGACAUCAGUGCCGGAGCCAAAGACCUGAUAGCCCGGCUGCUGAAACACAACCCCAUGCACAGACUGCCCAUCCAGGGAGUCCUGUCCCACCCCUGGGUGGUGGAGACCGCCACCAAGAAACCCACAACCCUCAGCCAAGAGGAGCCCGGCCUCUGAGUCUCAUUGUGUCCCUCCACCAAAAACCUGAGGUUUGUAUGUGGGGGCGCAGCAGAGCAGAACACAGGCUGAACAAAGGUGUGAAACAUAAACACCAGUGUGCAGCUGAUUUAUCAGAAUCUGCCCUAUUGACUUUAAUAUCACUUCAUUUAGAUGUCUUUGUCUGCAGUCACUUCCUUAUCUCUUUUAUCUUCCUUUCCUUGUCUCGAAUGCAAUUCUAUGCCUGUAAAUAUUUCACUUUUAUUUGUGUAAUUAUGAAAAUGUUAAGCUUUUCUAAAAUGCCGUUACUUGAAAUAAAGAUAACUUAUGGACUUAUAACUUAGUGGAAUAUGUCACUUUGGAAUUAAGCAUUUAUGGCUGUUAGUGAAAAUUAUUUUUGUUUUGUCUUAAAUGAAUUUCAAGCUCUCA